UCAAUCUCUCAUCGAUCUCUGAGAUCUUGAAGCUCAACACAAUUUCUCCAGGAUUCAUUUCUUCACAUCAUCUAAAACAAUGAGACAUCUGAUGGCUUUGAUGUUUCUGGUGAUCUUCUGCUCUCUGCAGCUGACUACAAGUGCUCCAAUUUCAUCUGAUUUGGCCAAAUCAACAUGCUGUGCUAAGUUCAGCAAUGCUAAGAUUCCUCUGAAACGGGUGAAGUCGUACUAUAGGACCGCCAGCAGCUGCUCCAAACCAGCCAUUGUGUUUGAGACUGACAAAAGGAUAAUCUGUGUAGAUCCAGAAACCAGUUGGGUGAGCGGUCACAUCAAUGAAGUGGACAACAGAUCAACAAAGACCCAAAACAAGACAGUCUGAAGAAUUGAUUCAUCUGAUUUAAUAUUUAAACUCAACAUCUGACUCUGUACAUAUAUUUCACUCUUGCUAUGUGUUUAUUUUAUAAUAUAUAUUUUAAUAUAAUAUUUAUAUAUUUUUUUAUAUUUUGACUUUUUAAUAAAAUUUUGAUAAUAAAUACA